AUGCAGUCUGCACAUUGUGCCCGGCGCCAAAAUUUUUGUUUGAACGCCGUGACGAGCAACGUUGCGAUUCUUGGUGAGCGGAUUCGUCCUCAUCGAAUGGUGAUCAACAUUCACAUAACCCCACGUGAGCGUGAACGACUAAUUCGGGAGGAGCGACAGCGAAGGAGAGUUGCAAGGAUUCUGCAGCAAACUUAGAAAACUGUCUCGUUAAUCUAGCAUCUAUUUCAUUUCAUGUUCGUCAACAAGCCAGCGAACAAGCUCAACUGAUUCGACAAAAUCUAAGGAAGGAGAAGGAAAACAAAGUCGAGGAACUGCGAAAAGAGCUACGACGGUCAGUAUCGGAGAAAGUCUCAGAUAUUGUUGCUGAGGAGCAAGGUAGUUCAAGAUUACCGCUUCCGUCGGAUUCGUCUUCAGUGUCUACAACUACAACUACUCGUACGCGCUCUUCUACACGAACUCCACAUCGCCAUCAUCACACAUUUACCAGGCAAGAUGCCAUUCGUGCUUUGGAACGAGGGCGCCUCGCUCAAGAUCGUCUACGCGCAGAACGUCUCGCUGCUAGGAGGGAAGCUAUAAAUGCUCUGCGGAGAAGGCGCCAGGCAAUCCAAGAUGCGAAUAAGUUUAAUAUGGCAAAUCCUACGAGUCGUUGAGAUCAAGAAGGAAGAAUGCUCACUCAAGUAUGUACUCAUUUACAAUUACUGA